UUGGUUUAAACAUGGUGCUGAAGGCAUUGGUUGCCGCUUUUUGCGUCUUUGCAUUAAGAAUCUCUUCUUUCUUUGGUGUUUCAGAUUUACCGAUGUGUGUGGAGAAAACCACUGCAGCUCCUCCAAGUACUAUACUUCCCAACGUCACCAGCAUACCAAUGUCACUUCCGACUAAUAUCUCUUUCGGUCCCACUAGCAUUGGCCACAAAGUCUCAGAUUUACCGACGAGCGGAGAAAAUGCGACUGCAAUUUCUCCAACUGUUUUAUCUCCCAACGUCACCAGCAUGCCAAUGUCACUUCCAACUAAUAUCUCUUUCAGUCCCACUGGCAUUCCGUUCCCACUUCCUACAAAUGGUUCUCCGAGUGAAGACUUUGUUCGUCGCAACAUGAUGAGGUACUUCCGUGGCUCAGAUAGAACGGUAGAACUUUUCCAGCCCAAGUUGAAAAAGGAGGCCUUAACGUUUGUUAAGGAGAUAAAGACCUACACAAGCCGCUCGACACCUUCAAAAACAUUUUUCGACGCUAUUAAUGACAUCGAAGUGGGCGUUGCACAAGCAAGAACUGCCGGACCAAGAGUGCGCUAUUCCGAAAAGAAGAUCAAAACCAUCAAAAAUACUAUCACACUUGCAGUUGACAAACGUAUGUAUCAGUUUGCUCGGCAGCGACUUGGACAGGCAUUAUUCCUCAUCGAUGAUCACAAUUCUAGACGCACUUCGAGGUCGAAAAGAUCAACAGCACCCGAUACGUCAUCUUUCAUUAAAGAUCUGAAGAGAUCGAUAGGAGAUGAUAAGUUUGAUAAAUUAAUGGCUGUAAGGGGAGACGUGACACUUAUGUUUGCUAUUGAUACAACUGGGAGCAUGUCUGAUGAGAUUGAGACAGCCAAACGUAUGGCAAUCGAUGUGGUGAACUAUCUGAGAGAAAAUCCAGUCAAUUACAUUCUGGCACCAUUUAGUGAUCCCGAAACAGGAGCAGUUGUGUUUGAAGAAAACACCAAUGCAGCAGGAUUUGUAAAAGCCAUAAGCAAUCUCAGAGCCUCAGGCGGGGGAGAUUGUCCUGAACUUACUAUGACUGGCAUCUUAAAUGCCAUAUACGAAGGACCAGACCCAGGGUCACCGCUGUACGUGUUUACUGAUGCCUCAGCUAAGGAUGCCACCGACAAAAAUAUCAGAGACGUUAUUACUAUGGCAAAAUAUGAAGAUAUAACGAUCAACUUUUAUACAACAGGCAGCCUAUGCGGUAAAUCCAUAGUAGACAAUCCCUUUUUAAAAAUAGCAGAGGCUACGUCAGGACAAGUGUUACGUUUAAGUGGUAGCGGGGAGCUUGGCCUUUUAAAGAGUUUAACAAAAAGUGGCAUUGAUGAAUCCAGCACCAUCACCUCGGGUUCCAGUCGAACAACACGCAGGAAGCGCAGUGUAGGGAGUAAAAGAUAUAGCAUCUGGGUUGACGAUUCAGCAAAAUCCAUAUCUAUCUCUAUUACGACAGACAACUCAAACAAGUGACCGUUAAUAUCUCUCUUAGAUCCUACAGGAGUCAAGGUUACUUCCGGCAAGGUCUCCAUGUCGAAAGCUUCAGUCUAUCAGAUCACGAGUCCAAGAGUAGGAGUCUGGACUCUCGUUAUUCCUUCCACUGUGGGCCCGUACAACUUCUUUGUCAGAUCUCACG